AUGAACGCUCGAAAAGAGCAUGUGCGCCGGCUGAAUAGUGAGCUAGAAGAGACCAAAGAUGUACUAUCAAAAUGUGUUCUUGGGGCUGUCAAAGCACGUCAGAAUUUGCUCAUAGGAUUGGACAGUACGGCGGAAAAUAUGGCGAGAAGUGCCCACCAAUUCGAGGAAAUAUCAAGAGACGUCAUGGACGAACAGAAAGUCAAGGCUUCCUGCUUUCCUCCCCUCACUGCCUUUUUGAUUUCCACAAGUCGAUUCGUUUCGGAAAAACUCUCCAAUUGUCGGAAACGCAAUCGUACGACGUCCUCAAAUCACAUUUUGGAUGAUGGCUCAGAAGAUGAGGAAGAUAUCGAAGCGAUGGUCAACGAGAUCCGCCAAAACGAAGUUGUCGUUCGCGUUUAA